AUGGCUCCCGAGAAAUCAAACAAUCCAUACUUCAACAGUGCACAUCAAUUCAAUGAACAAAAUAAUAGCUCCCAGGUCUCGGUUCAUACACACCUAUCGGAUGAGAUCGACGACAAAGAAGAGCAACCCCCGGCAUAUACAACCUCAAAUAUAGCAAUACAAACAAACACGGAGAAUCCACCAACAUCGGAACCUACACAGGAAUCAUCAAAAUUCGCACAAUCACAAUCAAAACCCAUGAAAAAGCCAAUAGCCAUUCCCGCAGUGGACUCCACUUUCGACUCACCUUUCAUUCGCGCCUAUGCCCCGAUAUUAAAAGACUACAAACUACCGCAAGAAGUCUUUUUCAGUUUUCUAGACAGAUUGAAUAAAGCGAUCUCAAGCAGUCCACCCUUACAAGUUCUCGAGGCCACGGGUGGAGUUUUAAAUGCUUUCCCCAUUCUUUUCCCUCUCCAUUGGAUCGGAUCAGCUGUGAGCGGAAUUGCGAAACUAGGGAAUUCAGGGAUGUCCAAGAGUCGUACAGAUAAUUUGCUCAAGGACGCAAAUAGGGAUAUUUUUGGCCCGAGAGGGUUGAAGAUCGAAGUCGCAAAGUUAGAUGCUCUUGCGCAUAUAGCUAAGAUUCCUAUUCUUGAUUCGAGGGGGGAGGUUAGCCGGCAAGCGCCGUUGCUACGACAGUUGUGUGCCGUCGAAGGUCGACCGGAAAGUUUUGCUGCUCCUAUUGAAGGGAAUAUCGAAUUGGCAAUGGAUGCGCAGCAAAGACGUCUUCAGAUUUUGCAGCCGUGGAUAGCAGAUUUGGAACUUGAUAUAUUACCCUGGACAUCACAGUCUAAAUUGACCCGCUUCAAUGCAGCGCUCAAGAAAUACAAUAAUAUAGGGGAUCAAGAGCAAAAGGGGAAAAGAAGGCGUGAGAGAGACUCUAGGCAGGGUUUUGGGAGUGGACUUGGGGGUCAAGAUGAGGAGGAAGAGGACGAUGAUCCAUUUCGCAAAUGUCUUUGGAUUAUUAUUCGGGAGGUUUAG